UGAGAUGGAUACGUUAAAAUUGCAGUUCAUUGGAAUGGGCAUCAUCAUCUCCACACUCGUAGUAUUAGGAGUAGGUAUGAGCAAUGCUCAGAACCUUUCACCGGCACCUGCACCUACAAGUGAUGGGGUAGCAAUUGAUCAGGGAAUUGCUUACGUUCUAAUGCUGCUUGCUUUGGUUCUUACUUAUAUCAUUCACUGACGGAUAAUCUGCUAUUUUUCUUGUUUCUUCUUCCAUAUCAUUAAGUAUCCAA